AUGAGUGGGCAAAGGCCCAACGGCAUUAACUCAAAUAAGCAUAAAAGCCCCAGCCCAGACCUAAAACAGAAACUGAGAAUUCUACCCGAGGGAAAUGCUGGUGGGCCGGAGGAGCAACCUUAUGUUGAGUGGGCUUGCAGCCGAAAGCUGCUUUUGAGAAGGAGGCUCAUGGAGCAGCAAGCAAAGCAAACAACCUUGUGCUGGGCCCCAGAAUGA